GCUGAUUUUGCCACAGUUUACACGGGGAUGCGUUUUGAUUCAGGUGUCAUCAGUGCAAGAUUUGAGUCGUGUUUUCAGCUUGCAGUUUCGUAAAUUUUGCGCAUAGGGUUUUUUUUUUUUUUGGUUUUGGUUUUUGCGCAUAGGCUACGAGGCUGCUCCGCUCCAACUCGAAGAUGACCGGGGUUUUUGAGAACUUAAAUACUGAUAUGCAUUCGAACCAGAUUACCUCAAGCAAUUACCACAGCUUGCACAAAUCGCAGGAGUCCCCGACCUUGCCGGUAUCCACGGCGACGGACAGCAGCUACUACAACAGCCAGCAGCCUGGGCAUUGCGCCGGGUCUCCAUUUGGCCAACUCGGCUCUUACCAGUACCAUGGCAGCGCCACGAGCUCCGUGCCAUAUAACGCAAAGUCAUACGACCUUGGUUUCAACUCGUCUUAUGGUGCAUACAGCUCCUACGGUUCCAACUCCUCUCCCACUCCAGCCGACACAGAGAAAGAAGAGAGCGAGCCAGAAAUCCGGAUGGUUAAUGGAAAACCAAAGAAGGUCAGGAAACCUCGAACCAUUUAUUCCAGCUUCCAACUGGCUGCACUUCAACGGAGGUUUCAAAAGACGCAGUAUUUAGCCCUACCAGAACGGGCCGAGCUGGCAGCCUCGCUGGGCCUUACGCAAACACAGGUCAAAAUCUGGUUCCAAAACCGCCGCUCCAAGUUCAAGAAGUUGUGGAAAAGUGGAGAAAUUCCCCCAGAACAACACGCUGCUUCCAGUGAAUCUCCCCCAUGCACGUCUCCGCCAACUACUGCCUGGGACUUUCCACAGACUCAAAGAAUGAACAGUGUCAGCUCAAGUUUACCUCAGAGCAGCAGCCCUCCCAACACGACUGCGCCUUCAUCGUUUUUGGCAAACUACUCCUGGUACUCAACCACGAACUCUACGACGCAUCUGCAGCCUCCUCUGGUCCAGCACCACCACAACGCCGCCAUAAGCGCUGGGACGAUAUUCUGAAAUUUAAAAAAACAAACAAAACAACAACAACAACAACAUCGGGUUUAAAUCGGACAAUACUGGUGAAAAAAAAAAAGAAAAAUGCCAAUACCUUCAUUAUACAGACCUCGUGUGUGUGCCAUGCGAACUUUACGCGCAAGCAUCUAUAGGAGAAGUUAAUGGAGCCAGACAGGUUCAUGGACCUUGCCAGCUUUCGCGCUGGCAAAUGGUAGACACAGAUUUCUACAGUUAUUUUUGUAUUUAUUUAUUUUGUUUAUGUGAGGGAUGAAUGAACCACUAUUACCCAAAGCAAUCACAGCCUGGGCGCAAGCCUACUUUUACGCGGACGUCACUUUUUUGCCAUUCCUGCAAAAUAAAACAUUCAUCGCAGGACAACCUUUCACAAAUGUAGCACAAGUUAACUGUAUCGUGCCUUUUUCAAUAUGACCUCAUUUUGUUGUGUGACAAAAAAAAAAAACAGCUUACCUUUAUCCAUUCCUCAUGUAGUUGAUUUGAAUAUAUUGGGGGGUAAGUGUCUGAAUCCACGUUUGUAAAUAUUUUACCACAGCUUUUUGAUAGCCCAUGUCGCUUUGACUCUUUCUGGUGCAAAUUCAUUAUCCACCGUAAGCUACUGAUUGUUCUACCCUCUGAUUUAAUUGUAUCACACUUAAUUGUAUUUUUUUGGUCCUAUUUAUUUUAGCAGUGUUCCAUAUAUGGCCAGACGUUAUUUAAAUAAAAUGUUUUCUGUG